AUGUUUGGGAGUGAUCAUAUUCUGCUGUGCAAAGCAGCUAUUAUAUUUGCUGUCACAAGAUGUCUCUUGUCCUUUGCUCAUACAAUCUCGAGUUCAAUGAGCCUAUUCUCUUUUUCGUCGGAUUCGUUAACACAGAUUUGGUUCAGAUCCUCUUCUUCUACAUCAUCGGCCAACAUGAAGAUGGUUUGGGACAGUCUCGCCCUGACCACCUUCGGGGACAUGACCCGCAGGUUGCCCGAAAGUCAUGACACGUGUGCUGUGUGCUUGAACCGGUUGAGGAAGAAAAAUGAAGUGUGGGAGCUUAGCAAUUGCUGCCAUGUCUUCCACAAGCAAUGUCUUGAGAGGUGGCUUGCUUAUGAUAGUCGGUUGACAUGUCCUCUCUGUAGGACGUCGUUGCUAGCCGUUAGCCCACUUCCUCCUCCUUCCCGACAACUGCCACCACCUAGCUGGGCCGUCGAGCGAAUGCUUUAUUUUUUUGGUGAUGAUCUGCUUCCUUGUGAUUGA